AUGGGGUUUCACAAGUCAUCAAUGAACAUCGAGCUCAAGAGUGGACAUGUCUUGACAGCAUAUUGUCGCAAACCUACUGGAGAAGCAACAUACUCCGAGCUAAAUCUGGAUGAUUUCCUCGGAGCUAAGAAAGGUAAAUUCGCCUGGAGCGCCGAUAACUUUUCUGAUCAUGCAUCCGACGUCAACCUUAAACUGGAGGGCCCUACCCAUGAGCCUAUGCUAAGUGCCCGACUGGAUGAUGAAGAAGGUGGUGAGCAUAUGGAUGUGGUAAACCUGGCAGAUUGUAUCAAGAACGAGAAUGGUCGAUUGCGCUUCAUGGAUUGUUUCUAA